AUGGUUUCCACCCCCUCCGUCAGCCAUAACGGCGGCGUUGGAGGCGUUAAUAGUGCAAAUGCUAGCUCGAGAGCUUCGCCUGCAGUCGGCGCCGCCAAUUCCGCAGGCCAUACCUCGUCAUCCAAUGGCGCGAAAUCCAAGACCCAGGUCAACUCGAACGGCUAUCACCCAACCAACCCCCCAGUCCCUCUCAGCUCGAUGCGUAGUGCCCCGCUAGACCUUACAUCGGUCGAGAGAAGGGGUCAGCCGACGGCCGGCCGGGAGUCAUCUAAGCAGAAUAGGUUGUACGGCCUCGAGGAAGCACCAACCUACCGACCGACUGAAGAAGAAUGGAAAGAUCCGUUCGAGUACGUUCGCAAGAUAACUCCCGAAGCCCGCCAGUACGGUAUCUGCAAGGUCAUCCCUCCCGACUCGUGGAACCCCGAUUUCGCGAUUGAUACCGAGAAAUUCCACUUUAGGACACGAAAGCAGGAAUUGAAUUCGGUCGACGGCCGUACGCGAGCGAAUCUAACAUAUCUGGAUGCCCUUGCAAAAUACCAUAAGCAGCAAGGAACCAACCUGAAUCGAUUGCCAUACGUGGAUAAGAAGCCCCUCGACCUAUACAAGCUUAAGAAAGCCGUCGAAUCUCGUGGGGGGUUUGAAAAAGUCUGCAAGACCAAGAAAUGGGCGGAAAUUGGCAGAGAUCUGGGUUACAGCGGGAAAAUAAUGUCGUCACUAUCGACGUCUCUCAAGAACUCAUACGAUCGAUGGCUUACUCCGUACGAGAAUUAUCUACGCCAAGCAAAACCGGGAGUCUAUCAACAGUUGGAGUAUGAAUAUGGCGGGCCAUUAACCCCUAGCCCGGCACCCAGUCCGAUAAAGAGGUCGGCUAUGAAUACGCCGUCCAGUCUACGAGCAGAAUCGCCUGCUCGACACGCGAGCGACAUCCUCCAACAGAGUCUGAAUGUCCCGAAGCAAGAAGCUGAUCGCGAUACUAUUAUGGCGGAUGCGCCGGCCGUUACUUCGCAACCUUCGUCCGGCGGGUUUACCGCUAUCAACUCUGGUGGGUUUACGGCGGUGAACAGCGGGUUUACGAGCGUCAACCGACCUACUCCAACAGAUCCCAAAGGCUUCACUCCGCCCCCGAAGCAUCAUGGAAGCCCACAUCUAUCUGCUAAAAACACCCCAGAUUUUCGACCGUCCGGACUCGGCCCCGCCACGGCCCUAAAGCGCCAACUUAGCUCCGACAGCUUAGAUUCAGCGAAAAAGGACAACGGUACCGAUAGGGACGAUUCGGAGAAUGGUAGUAGAAGGAGUAAAAGGCUCAAGAAAGGUCGGCCUCUAGAAAACGUCCCUACCGUAGCUGGUUCGCAUAUGUCAGUAUUCCGACCUUCGGCUCCCAGAAUACCAGUCUCUCGGGACGAAUCGUCAAGUCCUAGCGAGAAAUGCGAGGUGUGUGGCAAAGGUGACGAGGCGGGCCACAUAGCCGUGUGCGAAUCCUGCGACCAUGGAUAUCACGGUGCUUGUUUGGACCCCCCUAUAAAGCAUAAACCGGAUACCGAGUGGAACUGUCAUCGAUGUCUCGUCGGCGACGGCCAAUUCGGGUUCGAAGAAGGUGGAUUAUACUCGCUCAAGCAAUUCCAAGAGAAGGCUGCGGAUUUCAAGCAAGCAUACUUCGAGAACCGUAUGCCCUACGACCCCGUACUCAAAUGCUCAAGACCGGUAACGGAAGACGACGUGGAAAAGGAAUUCUGGAGGCUCGUCACCAGCACCGAGGAAACGGUCGAGGUGGAAUACGGCGCGGACAUUCAUUGCACGACCCACGGCUCUGGCUUCCCCACGGCCGAGCGCAACCCGUGCGAUCCCUACUCUACUGACCCUUGGAAUUUGACCGUCAUGCCUCUGCACUCGGAGAGUCUCUUCCGCCAUAUCAAAUCUGACAUCUCAGGCAUGACUGUUCCGUGGGUCUACGUCGGCAUGAUAUUCUCGACGUUUUGUUGGCACAACGAGGACCACUUUGCCUACUCGAUUAAUUACCAGCACUUCGGAGCGACCAAGACCUGGUAUGGUAUUCCGGCCGAGGACACCGAGAAGUUUGAGAAUGCCAUGAAGGAGGCAGUACCGGAACUUUUCGAAACGCAGCCGGACCUCUUGUUUCAGCUCGUCACGCUUCUUACGCCCGAGCAGCUUCAGAAGGCGGGCGUCCGCGUUUACGCUCUCGACCAGCGGGCGGGCCAGCUCGUCCUCACGUUUCCUCAAGCUUACCAUGCCGGCUUCAAUCACGGGUUUAACUUUAACGAGGCUGUCAAUUUUGCGCCGUUCGAUUGGGAGCCAUACGGCCUCGCCGGCGUGGAGCGGUUACAGCAGUUCCGGAGACAGCCGUGCUUCUCACACGACGAGCUGUUAUGGACGGCAGCAGAAGGUACGAGUUUAGGAUUGACAAUCCAGACUGCGAGGUGGCUCGCGCCGGCCCUCGAGAGGAUUCACAAGCGAGAACUCGACCAGCGAAAGGAAUUCAUCGCAAAGCACCAAGAAGAUGGCCACGGGUCUUGCGCGCUGGUAGAAGAAUCCGACGGACAUUGUUCCCUAGCUUUCGAGGUGUCUACCGAAGACGUUCCCGAGGAGGAGUACCAAUGUGCUUACUGCAAGUGUUAUGCUUACCUGUCAAGAUUCAAGUGCCUCCAAUCCGGCAAAGUCCUAUGCAUUCAGCACGCCGGGCAGCACGCCUGUUGCGAUACCCCCGAACCCGAGCGUUACGCAGGUGACCACCACAAGCUAUAUUUUCGCAAGACAAACGAGGAACUCGACGAGACGUACCGAAAGGUGGCAGACAAGGCUAACAUGCCGGAAGCGUGGGAGGAGAAGUACGAGAAACUUCUCGACGAAGGAGGGAAGCCAGCGCUAAAAACGCUGCGAGCCCUUCUCAGUGAGGGUGAACGAAUACCGUACGACCUCCCCUCCUUGCCAGCACUCAGGGAAUUCGUUGACCGCUGUAACGAAUGGGUCGAAGAGGCGACUAAUUAUACGGUGCGAAAACAGCAGAAUCGCCGUAAAAAUGACAAGGUCUGGCAGAGCGGAUUACGAAAGUCCAUCGGCAGUUCAUCCCAGGAGCAGAGAGAACGCGAACUCCGCCGAGUCGAAAACAUCUACCGCCUGAUCGACGAUGCGGAACACAUUGGUUUCGACUGCCCCGAGAUCCAGCAGCUGCAAGAACGUGCCAACGCCAUCAGAAACUUCCAGAAGAACGCCGAACAAUUCUUGGAACGCGGUUGCGGACAAGAGUCUAUCGAGGAGCUGAUAGAGGAGGGACGCGCGUUUAAUGUCGACAUGCCGGAGCUCGACAAGCUGUCCGAGAUCUUGGAGCAGACGAAGUGGAACGCCAAGGCCAAGUCCAAUAGAGGAAUGUUCUUGACGCUGAAAGAUGUCAGGGAGCUGCUCGAAGAAGGUACCCGAUUGGAAAUCCCCUUAUACAAUGAUAACAUGAGGUAUUUUGGCGAAAAGUACCAGGCGGGUACGCAAUGGGAAACCAAAGCAAAAGAGCUCAUCAACGCGGAGGUGGUCCAUUAUCCGCAGCUAGAGGCCCUCUCGAACCAGGUCCAAGUAAAUACCCUCCCCGUGACGGCAGAGACUUUAGCCGCCGUCGACCAAAUCCUGCACAAGCAGCGGGAAGCUCAUCGUCAGAUCAUCGAUCUCACGGAGCGUUCGAAGGAUCCCGACUAUAAGAAGAGGCCGAAGUACGCAGAGGUGGUUGAAAUCAUGAAGAAGCUCGAAGAUCUCAACUCGAAGCCGACCGGGACCCUCGAUCUCGAAAAGGAGCAGAGGCGUCACGAGGAUUGGAUGCGAAAGGGGAAGAAGCUUUUCGGGAAGACCAACGCGCCACUGCACAUUCUGAAGUCGCACAUGGACUACGUGCUAGAACGCAACCUGGCAUGUUUCGACAUUCGAAACGAUACCCCUCGGCUACCGGCCGAACCUGCUUCCAGAGCAGCUAGCGAGGAGAGAGGCGAGGGUAAGAUUAUACGGACCGCAUGGGACGUGAACGACCCAGCUCUAGUAGAAGUGUUUUGCAUCUGCCGCCGUAUCGAGGCUGGCAUGAUGAUCGAAUGCGAACUAUGUCACGAAUGGUACCACGGAAAGUGUCUGAAGAUCGCCCGAGGGAAGGUUAAGGAGGAUGACAAGUACACCUGUCCUAUCUGCGAUUGGCGAGUGAAAAUUCCUCGGGAUGCCGCGCGGCCUAAGCUCGAGGAUCUUCUCGCUUGGCAGGAAGAGAUUCCCAACCUACCUUUCCAGCCCGAAGAAGAGGAGGUGCUGAAAAAGAUAAUCGACAACGCGCAGAAGUUCCGAGACCACAUAGCAGCCUUCUGCAAUCCAGUGCUCGCGACCGCAGCCGAAGCCGGUACCCAAAGAUUUUACUUGCGAAAAAUCGAGGGUGCCGAGAUUCUCCUGUCCUUCGAAACCAACUUCUUCCGACAGGAACUACAUAAAUGGAACCCGGUGGCACCUGAGCCGCCUCCUGUGCUGGACGUUUCCAAGAGCACGCGUAAACCACGACCUACAAAGUUGCAGAAGAUGCUAGCGCAGUAUGGUGUUGACGAUCCCGAUGACCUCCCAGAGAAUAUGAAGAGCAAGGCAAACAGUCUAAAGCGCAAGGCCAUGAACGCCGAGGCUGCUGCCAAGGCCGCAGCAGCGUCAGGCAGUAGCCUUGCCCCCCCGAACGCAACUAGUCCGUCCUCGCACUCUUUUGCUUCCGGUGCCUACUUUUCUCGGAAUUCGCAGCCGUCCACUCCGGCCAACGCGCAUCCGCAGCAGCGGUCCAACUCGGUGUCGUCUAGCCGGCCGGGAUCGUCGCUUCGACCUGACGGUAUAGACGUGAACAGCGCCGCCAGUUUGCAUCCGGACUUCUUCCUAUCCGCCAGCAGCGGUCCUGGUCCUCAGCUAAUCGCACCGGAUUCGUCUCUGACGCUAGAGGAACGUCUACAACACGGGCAAGAUGAUGGCUUCAACCUGCAGACGGAGGACGGCGUGGACAAGGCCCUUGAAUAUCUACGCCGUACCGAGACCGGGCGUAAGCGGGCCGAACAGCUCUUCGGGUCCGAAGUGUGGAGUCAUAGCCACGAUCACGCAUUUUCUAGCAGACAAAAUAUUGGCCAGGGUCAACAGGAAGACGAUAAAGACGUAGACAAGAUGUUCUUAGAUCUUACUAAUGCGGAUGACGACGAGGACGCUAAGAAAGAGAGGCAACGCGAAAGGGAGCGAUUGAGCGUCACGGCCGAGAGUUUCGAAGCGGAGCGAAACGCGCUGGACAUGGAAGACUCGGACUGAACUUGACCAGACGAUUGCUCCAGACGAUUGCUUACGUAUGAGAUGUAUCCUUUUGAUAUCAGAUUCGGUUGGGCCGAUACUUUUAACACCAGCACAUUGGCCACAAAAUUUCCCUACGGCGUAUCGGAAAGCAUUUAUUUGUGCUAUAUUCGUCAUCAGCAUAGAGGGAGCCUGUGCGUUAUCAGAUAUAGAGGCGUUGUUGCGGUUUGAGUCGCAGACGAAGAUUCCUCUUUCC